AUGCCCUUUCUGUUGGCUAAACCUGUUAAUGCUAGUGAAUAUGUAAUAGAAGAGAAAGAAGACAUAUUCAAGAUACAGUCCUGUCCUGCUUUCUUAAUGUUCCAGAAUGCUGCCUACCUGGCCGAUAUGACCUUUGAACUGCCGUGCCUGUGCAAGCCUGAGGAUGUGACCUCAGUGGUUUGGUACUAUCAGAAACGAUUGGGCAAGGGUCACACCAAAGUCCUGAGCGAUUUCAAUGGGACGAAGAUCUUGGAUGCUACCCAGUUGCGUUCCAGAUCGGGAAUUCAGUCCAGGUUCAAAAUCUUGAUGUUCAGCCUGUUGGUUUUCAAUGCACAGCCUCAAGAUUCUGGCCAUUACAUGUGUGGCACUGUGACGGGUGAUUAUUUCUAUGGUUAUGACAUUGAUGUACAAAGUUACAAAAAUGCACACAUAGUCUUCCAGGAGAAGAAGCAGAAGCCCAUUAAGGAUUUGGAGACCAAGACAUACAAGAUCUUCACAUCCUACUGGGAUUGGACUGUGUGCGAUCGAUGUGGGGUCAGAGGGGAACAGCGACGUAUUGGCUUGUGUUACAUCCGUAGCCCUUACCUGUACUUCAGGUACAAGAAGAUUGUGGCCAAUGUGGUCUCCUGUGGCUCAUCAGCUGUUCCCCCCAGGUACAAACAUCUCCUGAAGAAAAGGAAAGCUGAGAUCAUGGUACGGAGCUGCUUUGUGCAGUGCCCGACCAAGUACCCAUCAAUAGAAGGAGAGAAAUUCAUCUUUGAUGUAUUUGGUUUUACAAAUGACAAGACUAAGAAGCCCCCCAUGGUCCCAGUGCAGACUCACAUCCAUGCCAUAGGGUACCCAUUGACCAUUGCAUGUCCAGAAGCCAGGGCAGAGCAUGCCGUGGCUUGGGACAAAGGGCGCCAGCCACUGUACAGGGAAGAAUACAUGGUGGGUGUGAACCACAGCAUGAGAGUUUUCAUUGAUCAAGGCAAUCAUCUGGUUUUCCGUGCGGUUCAGCUGAAUGACAUCGGAACCUAUUACUGCUGGAGGCAAGGUCAGCUGAUGGCUGGGAUCAGGCUGAGAGUUGGUCUCCCACCCAGGGUCCACAGGAGCUUCACUGAUGAUGAAUCCAUCUUUGCAAUACAAACUAUUCUCAGCUCUUACUUCAUAAUAAUGAUUAUAUUUAUUUUCCUGAAGUGUAUGAGAUGUUGUAAUUAUUAUUUUGAUUGUUUCUAA